AAUGGCUCUUCGGCUCUCUUGCCGUCAGUGGAUGAGUGUCUUGCCUAGAGUGUGGGUGUCGUGUGACGUUCUCCCUGCUUUUGUGAGUUAUUGAGUUCUGCAGCAUGUAUUUUUGCUCGGAGGGUCGUCAUGGGUUGUGUAGAAAGCAAAAAAGUGGUGGAGAAUGUAUCUAGCAGUGAUAUCAAGACUGUGUGCCAUCUCGAGGAUGUGUUUGGCGAUGAGAAGUGUCGGAGUGAAGGACUUUCCGAAACCGAAGUCAAGUGCGAACUUAGGGUUGACGAUGGAAACAACCUUGCAGAGAAAAUCAAACUCGAAAGACUGAACAAGAGUAACAAGUUUAAAACCAAGUACGACCCGCGAAUCACGGCCAAAUAUGACAUCAAAGCACUCAUAGGCAAGGGGACGUUCAGCAAAGUGGUUCGGGUCGAGAACAGACUCACGAAACAACCAUAUGCCAUCAAGAUCAUCGAGUCCAAGGAAGGGCGAGAGGCGUUCGAGGCCGAACUGGCGAUAUUACGGCGUGUGAAGUGCCCCUAUAUUAUACAGCUAGUGGAGGUGUUUGAGAGUGUGGAUAAAAUAUACAUGGUGAUGGAACUCGCCACGGGGGGAGACCUCUUUGACAAAAUCAUGACCAAAGGCCCUUUCUCGGAGAGGGACGCGGUCAAAGUCCUCAAGAUGGUGCUGGAGGGCGUGAAGUACUUGCACAAUCUAGGCAUCACUCACAGGGAUCUGAAGCCGGAUAACUUAUUAUAUUACCAUCCGGGAACGGACUCCAGACUCAUGAUCACGGACUUCGGUCUGGCCCACACCAGGAGGUCGGCGGAUGACCUGCUGAUGAACACCAUCUGCGGGACCCCAGAGUACAUCGCCCCUGAGAUGGUGGCCAGGCGGCGCUACACCAACGCCGUGGACCUGUGGGCGGUGGGCGUGAUCACGUACAUCCUGCUGCGGGGCGACUUCCCCUUCUUCGACGCCGACAGGAUCCGCCUCUACAAGAAGAUCCUGAAGGGGAACUACAAUCUGUCGGAUGAGUGUGAACGAGAGAGGCAUGAGGGUGAGCCCCUACGCGGGUGCCCAGUGCCGAGGGAUGAGGAAGAACGUCCGUCACGUGACCAAGUGGCGUGGGUCUGGCCACGUGGGCUGAGCAUCAUGCAGAUUGAUGAGGAUUGUUUGAUGCAAGAUGCAAGAGGACAACUAGGUCACUCCGUUUCUGAUGAUGGCACGAAAAAAGGGUUCGAAGUAGACGCCCGUGAAAGGCUCAUAGAUAGGAGGACACGGUUGUUAGGGCUGCUGAUGCAUCGCAUGGGACUUGUUUUCUCAGCGUAUCGCGAUCCUGAGAGCGUGCUUGGCAGAGGACACAUGAACAGUACUGAGCUCUCCGUUCAGGAGGGGACUUGCUUACCACGGGGCAAGGAUGGCGGAGCUUUGGCGAUCCCCGGUGGUGCCCAGUGGUGCCCAGUGGUCAUCUAG